AUGGCAUCCAUGCUUAACAUUGUCAAGACACAAGUUUCACAAGACAAAAGACGGUUUAUCGACGACCAGUUUAACUUGGACUUGACGUACAUUGACGACAGAAUUAUUGCGAUGGGGUAUCCUGCGUUUGGUAUGGAGGCGUACUAUAGAAAUGAUAUGAACGAUGUCUCAGAGUUUCUCAACCAAAGGCAUCCAGGGCACUACAAAGUGUACAACCUCACAGAAAAUCCAUACGACGCAAAACCGUUUCAUGACAACGUGAAGUGGUACCCAUUUCCAGACCAUCACAACCCAACUUUAAUUGUGUUGUGUCACAUUAUAGAAGACAUGGCGAGUUAUUACUAUAGUGACCCUUCAAAUGUAGUUGUUGUACAUUGCCUUGCGGGAAGAGGAAGAACAGGAACUAUUAUAACAUGCUUCUUGCAAUACAUCAAAAAGUGUAAUUCACCGCAGGCGGCGCUUGCAAAAUUUGCUGAAAAGCGAUCGAAAAAGGGGAAAGGCGUUUGUAUGCCAUCACAGACAAGAUACGUCGAGUACUUUGGCGAGUUGUUAUCAAGGCAAAUUUUGUUUGUUGGACGUACAAUUUUGGUUGACUCGAUUAAGUUUGGGCCAUUACCAGAAAUGUCUCGAGCGAACGCGGUGUCAUAUGUGUUAGAAAUUAGCGAUAUCGAGAACUAUUACAAACCGUUUUUUAGUGUGAGACCACUUGUAGACACUUCACCAACUUAUUCAUGCAAUUUUUCCGAAUUAACUAAUGUCAUUCAACUCAAUUUAGACCCCCCUUUACCACUAAGUGGUGAUGUCAAUGUUCGAGUCCGACUCAUCAAUUCAAACCCAAGUUAUGGCCAUACUAUCGUCGCUCGAGUAUCUUUUCAUACAUUUUUUCUCGGGAACGAAUCCCUUGAAUUCACAUCGAAACAAAUCGACAUACGAAACCCAUUCAAAUCGAAAAUACCACAUUCAAUCACUUUUGCUCUCACUUACAACGACUUCGCAACACCAGUGCCACUCCCAGAACACGAACAAAACUUUUUACAACAGUUCUAUGCUAAGUACGCACCCAAAAAAUCGUUUGUCAUUGGCGCAAGAACAAAGUCGAAACAUGACUCGGUCACAGUAACUCCGUCUGGAGUAAACCUCAAUUUAGCACUAGGACUUCUUGAUUCCCCAAGGUCAUAUUCAACGUCAACAACUCCACCAGGUGGAGGAUCGUAUUCCCCAAGCCAAAACUCGUCGCCAACUUCUCAACAAGACCACCCCGAACAAAUUAACCAUUUCAAAGCAAAACAGUCUAGACCCCCUAGCUGCCCCGUCUCUCAAAAUCCGGAAAAGAAGAAACAGAACGUUGUGUUGACAAAACUCUUUAAAUGA